UUUCUUCAAACAGCUGUUCGAACAGAAAAAAUCGUGAAUUUUUAAGUUUUUUGAUCCAUUUUCUCUAAUUUCGUGAUAAAUACGAACAAAAUCAAGUCUUUUGCAACUCCCGCCAUCGUUCCCGUUGGAAAAGUGGGCCGGAAAAGUACAGGAAACCACAACGCGAAAGAUCCCUGAAAAGACCGGACCUGAAAUCGCACGAAGAAUUCUAAAUCCUUUUGCAAAACCACCAGAACAAAACCCUCGCACAAGAUGACUUCCAAGGUGCUAUUAAAUAAGUUUUCCAGCUCAAUGCGCAACGUGUACGUUGUAAAUCUGGUUCCGUCGCUUUCGUUCUGUUCCAAACCGCCGACCGAGAAUAAGCCGGUUAGUCCGCGUAUGGAAGAGUUCCAGAAGAAGCUGCGGGAAAAAACGCCGAUUGGGAAGCUGGACGAGAUCGUGGGCAAACAUCCGUACCAAGAGAAGGAACCGCUCCAAGCCUGGCCAAAUAAUACGAACCCCAACACCGGGGAAAUCGGAGGACCGCGCGGCCCCGAGCCGACACGGUACGGCGAUUGGGAACGAAAAGGACGAGUGACCGAUUUCUAGGUUCGAGGAUUCCAGGCACGAGGAUGAGCGAAGCGGGUUAAUAUUGGUCCUGAUCUUAGAGUUUAGUGUUAUUUAUUAGCAAACUACCGUUAGGGUGUCUUCAACUUCAAGAGUUAAUGUAUCGUAGCAUGCUGCACAAUAAAUGAAUGUGUAUUACAGGCAAA